CCAUGGUUCCAUGCUCAAUCGCUGAGCCACACUGCCAGACUAUACUGUUUUUAAAAAUCUAUAGAUAUGCUCACUUUAUCUUCCUGGAAUUAGAAUUUUAUUACAGAUUUAUUUAAUUUUAUCUGAUUUUACUUGCAUCUUAAAACAGACGUAUUUAAUUUUAUCUGAUUUUACUUGCAUCUUCAGAUAAUACAAUUUACUUGCAUAUUUGGCAGAACUACUUGCUUCUUCCUGAUUUUAACAGAACUUAAUCCAAGUGUUCAUCAAAUCGUAUGUUUCAAGUGUACAAUAUUAUAAUACAUCAUCUGUAUAUUGCAUUGUGUCCUCAUCACCCAAAGCGAGAACCCUAGCCACUCCAGGCAAGAUUUAAAAAAACACGGCUUUGCGCAUGUGCCCGGGCUGCGGAGUACCGGUAACCGCAGGAGAUCGCUACUAGCUGGGGCUACUGCCUUGUUACGUCAGCGAGACCUGCAAAGUUCCUUGCCAGCUCUUGGCUGAUUUCUGGGAGCUGAAUAUUAAAAGGGUGAAGGUGCAGUUAUUGAGCAGCUGCAUUUUCUUUUCUUUGCUAUUUUCACUCUUUAUUGUAAAGUCCCCAAGUAAAGGAUAGCGAGUCAGGCGCUUGAAGACACUAGCGGUGGAGGGGUGAGUCAGCGAGUGAGACAGGACUGGGAAUUGGCUCCUGGAAGAGCCGGUGCCCUCUCCCCUAGAGAGGAGGCGGCAGGGCUGCUCCUGGGACAGGGAUCCCGGCAGCUCCGGCAGCGCCGGAGGUGGCUCCGCGCGUGGGCUCCAGGUGAGUGAGGGAGGGAGCGGGGCGCGGGCGUCCGGCUGGGCCGGGUGGGUGAGGGCAAAUGGCCUGGCCCCCGCGUGAGCGGAUCCCCCACUUUCCCAAGUGCCUCUGGUAUUUUCCACCUGCUCUGACCUGUAUCCCCAUCCCACACUGUUUUCCUUCUAUAGUCUGGGAAGUUAUCUCUUAGCUAAUAAGUGUGUUUUAAACCUCGUAUUUAGUACCCCGAGGUGUGUAUGCGGGGAAAGGGUUUCUGCUAUUGCUUGUUUUUAUUGCCACCUGUGAGCUCUUGAACUUGGGAUUUCACAGUAGCCUGUGUCUGGGGUCCUGCCUCAGCGCGCAAUCCCAGAAUCCUUAGAAGCCAAGAUGGGUCCCCACUCCUCUCACUCCUGCCUGGUUCCUGCGGUCGGCUUGCAGCUGUGGGAACCUUGGUUUCCUGCACUGACCCUGCCCCUCCCCCAACCCGUCCAGAAUAUCCAGGACAUCCUCUGUCCACUGGUGUGCGGGCUGGAUUUUCACGCCUAAACCUUCGCAGUGACUGCCAGUUGCAAAGCCUCCUCGGCAGACGGAAGCUCCCCCUGUCCCCUCAAACCUCCCCACUGGACCCCAGCAGCCCACCUGGGUGUGGCUCGAGGCUCGAGUCCUCCGGGACCUCUGACCCUGUAGAUUGGAAAGGAAUCCUGGACUGACCUCGGUCGCGUUCAGCCCUGGGGACCUGACUCUCAGGCCAACUCGGCUGGUGGACAAAUCCACGCGCUCCGCACGCCCAAGUGUGAAUUCCUCCGGCACGAGCGCGCGCGCGGCACUGCGGUCCCCAGGACGCGGGUCCCUCUCCCCGCCCGCCCCUCCAGGUGGCUGCGAAGCGACCUGUUCAGAUGGCAGCCGGGUAGAUCCUCUGUUCCACUCGCUCAGUUUGGUGAGACACACGCGCCAGCUGCAGUGGCGCCUACCGCAGAGUCAGCCGGGCUCCCCGCCGGGUCCUCCUCGUGGAGCCCCGCACGACCUCGAUCCCCCGUGACCUCGACCCCGACCCCCGUGCGCCUGGCUGACACCCCGCCUUUCUCUUCGCGCUCUUUCAGGAAGACGCCGGCUGACGACCCUGGGUCUUGGCGAACAGUUCGCAUCCACGUCCCCCGCCCGCGCGCCUAGAAGCUGGAUCUACGGCGGGCCAGCCACACAGCGGGUAACGGCGGGCCGCAGCAGGGUCCAGAUGUCAAAGGUCCCCACCUUUCAGAGUCCACGGCAGACCGCUACUUGCUGGUGGGUUGUGGGGGAGACUGGCGCUGGAUUUGAGAAUCCCAACUGAUGUGCAGAAUGCUGAAUCUUCUCAUCAGGACGCAUCAGACAGAGCUGAAUAGAGGACCCGCAUAAUCCCGGGGCGGCAUUUUGCAACUUGACUCCUCGAGCGUGGCGCCAAGCCUCCUGUAGAUAGGGAGUGGGGGUCUGGGUCCAAAGCGGCGGGUGGAGGGCGUCCGCGGACACCCCGCUCGCCCCGCCAUGUCGCCUUUCAUGCCCUGCCCCUUGGCGUGGCCUUCCGAGAGUUUUAACCCCCGCGGGCAAGGCUCCCCCACGCCCAGACCUUUUGACUCCCUGCUCCCUCGAUCCCGCCUCCGCUCCCGCCCCCGCCCGGGGGUGGCCGUGGAGAGCCGGACCUCGCCAGGCCGGCCGGCUAGGACCAUGGUGUUUCUCUCUGGAAAUGCCUCAGACAGCUCCAACUGCACUCACCCGCCGGCUCCGGUGAACAUUUCCAAGGCCAUUCUGCUCGGGGUGAUCUUAGGGAGCCUCAUCAUUUUCGGGGUCCUGGGGAACAUACUCGUGAUCCUCUCCGUGGCCUGCCACCGGCACCUGCACUCGGUCACGCACUACUACAUCGUCAACCUGGCGGUGGCCGACCUUCUGCUCACGUCUACCGUGCUGCCCUUCUCCGCUAUCUUCGAAAUCCUGGGCUACUGGGCCUUCGGCAGAGUCUUCUGCAGCAUCUGGGCGGCGGUGGACGUCCUGUGCUGCACCGCGUCCAUCCUGGGGCUCUGCAUCAUCUCCAUUGACCGCUACAUUGGCGUGAGCUACCCGCUGCGCUACCCCACCAUCGUCACCCAGAAGAGGGGACUCCUGGCUCUGCUCUGUGUCUGGGCGCUGUCCCUCGUCAUCUCCGUGGGGCCUCUGUUCGGCUGGAGGCAGCCGGCCCCGGAGGACGAGACCAUCUGCCAGAUCACCGAGGAGCCCGGCUACGUGCUCUUCUCGGCGCUGGGUUCCUUCUACGUGCCGCUCGCCAUCAUCCUGGUCAUGUACUGCCGGGUCUACGUGGUGGCCCGGAGGGAGAGCCGGGGCCUCAAGGCGGGCCUCAAGACUGACAAGUCGGACUCGGAGCAGGUGACGCUCCGCAUCCAUCGGAAAAAUGCCCAGGUAGGAGGCAGGGGGAUGCCCAGCGCCAGGAACAAAGCGCACUUCUCUGUGAGACUCCUCAAGUUUUCUCGGGAGAAGAAAGCCGCCAAAACACUGGGGAUCGUGGUCGGCUGCUUCGUCCUCUGCUGGCUGCCUUUCUUCUUAGUGAUGCCCAUAGGGUCUUUCUUCCCUGACUUCAAGCCCUCUGAAACAGUUUUUAAAAUAGCAUUUUGGCUCGGAUACCUAAACAGCUGCAUCAACCCUAUUAUAUAUCCAUGUUCCAGUCAAGAGUUUAAAAAGGCCUUUCAGAAUGUCUUGAGAAUCCAGUGUCUCCGCAAAAAGCAGUCUUCCAAACGGGCCCUGGGAUACACCCUGCACCCGCCCAGCCACGCCUCGGAGGGGCAGCACAAGGACCUGGUGCGCAUCCCCGUGAGCUCAGGAGAGACCUUCUAUAAGAUCUCCAAGACAGAUGGGGUCUGUGAAUGGAAGUUUUUCUCUUCCUUGCCUCGUGGAUCUGCCAAGAUUACAGUGUCCAAAGACCAAUCAGCCUGCACCACAGCCCGGGUGAGAAGUAAAAGCUUUUUGCAGGUCUGCUGCUGCAUGGGGCCCUCGACCCCCAGCCAUGGAGAGAACCAUCAAAUUCCAACCAUUAAGAUCCACACCAUCUCCCUCAGUGAAAACGGGGAGGAAGUCUAGAGGACAGGAAAGCGCUGGAAGAAGGGAGACAGCAUCAUCGCCUAGGGAACAGAAUGUGACUGGCCUGGAAAACAGGGAAAUGAGUAUGGGCCUCGAUUUACAAAGAACCAGCUCUACCAAAGUCUAAACUUGUAGAAAUGGAGACGUUGUGUCUGGAGUAAGAAUUUUUACUCUACGGAAGGAUAACAUUUGGGUCAUGUUGAUGCAUGAUGCUGUGUAUGUGAAAACCAUGGAUGUAAUUCAUUACAGGUCAUUCUGCCUUGAUUUUGAAGGGACAGACAACUAUUACAUGCAGCCUGGUGUAUGCCCACGGGUGCUGUCUUUAACCCCCAGCAAGGAGGGUGUCCAGCCCAGCCCCUUUCCUGCUACCCACUGUCAGGAGCCUGUAUGUCCACAUGGAUGUACUUUUUUAUCAAGCAUUCAUCUAAGACACAAAUCUAACAAAUUACUAUUGUCAAUGCUGGGACACCAGUGAUUUAAGGAGUAACUGUGAAUACAAAUUUUUUGAGAGUCAGCUCCCCGCUAUUGUGUCCCUCAAAUUCUGGCAUAUUCACAGAAGUAAACAAACAAGCAAACAAAAAAACCUUGCUGCAAAACAAAAUCACCUUCUGCCAAGGGAAGCUGCCAUAACACACAGAAGGUCUUUCAUUUAUCCAUCUGUGUUAUCAGUAAGGGCUCCAGACACAGGUCCCGAGAGUGGAGGACAAUGAUGGACACAUGUUCUUCAUGACCAAGGCUCCUGUGGUCUGUGGAGAGCUCAGGCAAAUCAAUAAUUAUAGCAGAGUGGUAAGUGUUGUCCAGUGGGAGUUUGGUGGAAGCCUUGGAGUUAGCCUUCCCCAAAAUAGUGACCUCUGAGUUGGAUCCUGGAGGACAGAAUGGAGUGGGACAGAAGGAGCUGCUCCAAUCAAGGAAGGAGUGAACCUCAGGCACGUGCUAGUUUUGCCACCUCCUUCGUUCUGUUAGCGCACGCGGAAGUCAGUCUUGCUUAAAUGGAUGGCCACUUGGCUUUGCAAACCUCAUCCCUCAAGUUCCCUUCAGACCAACCACACCUGCUUUCCUCCUCACUCUUUUGUUUUGUUUUGUUCUUUUCCAAAGAAGAAUCAAGGAUGAGCCAAUAAAUGAUGAGUCCAGGGUUUUACUGACAAAGCUCCCAUGUUCAGCUUGGCUGAACACAGAAAAGCUUAUUUCUUUCUCAUCAUGCAAAAAACAUUUGCUUCAACAAAAAGUGGCUCACGCAUAAGAACAAACAAAUGUUUUGGAAGUCUUAAUACGCAAAUCUUAUAUGCUAUUAUUUAACGUUUUUAAAAAUUGAGAAAUUGUUUUUUAGUGAAAAAA